AUGUCAAAUUAUAAUAAUAACAAUAAUAAUAUACCAAUUUUAAAAAACAAUGUAAAACCUCGUCAAUAUCAAGAAGAUGCAUUCAAUCAAUGUAUUAGUAGAAAUACGAUUUUAGUUUUACCAACUGGUACUGGUAAAACUUUAGUAUCAAUUUUAACAUUUUUAAAAAUGUUUGAAAUAAAUGAAAAAAAAAAUAAUGAUAAAGUUGCAUUAUUUUUAGUAAAUAAUAUUUUAUUAGGAAAACAACAAACCGAGACGAUAAAGAAUUUAACUGAUAAGAGAGUAAUGGUUUUAAGUGGAGACGAUUUAUCAUUUCAAACUAAAAAGAAAAACUAUGAUAUAGUUGUUGCAACGCCACAGAUUUUAAUGAAUUUAAUUAAUAAGAAUAAAAUUAGAAUUGAUAAUUUUCAUUUCAUAAUUUUCGAUGAAGUUCAUAAUGCUACUGGUUUGGAUAAUUAUUGCAAGAUCAUGUCUUUAGUUAAAAAUUUAGAUCCACCAUUUAGACCAAGAAUCCUUGGUUUAACUGCAUCGGUUUUAAAGAACGCUUCAAAUUAUACCACUGAAAGAGCAACCAAUGAAAUUAAAAAGUUGGAAGAUAUAAUGUUAUCAAAAAUCUAUUGUCCAUUAAUUGAAAUAUUUAAAGAUCAACAACAACAACAACAACAACAACAACAACAACAUCAUCAUCAUCAAUCACCUAAUUUUGAAAUUUAUGAACCAUCUAUUCAACAAACUAAAUUAACUUCAAUCAUUUCAAAAUUAAUCAUUGAUAAAACUAGAUAUCUCUCAAAGAAAAAUGGUCAUAAAGAUGUAAAAUUGGAACAAAUUGAACUUCCAAUUUUAAAAUUCAUUCAAUCAUUAUCAAGUUUAAAACCAAAAUUAACUUCAGAAAGAGAUUCAAGUGAAUAUGCUACAAUCGUUAAUUUAUGUAAUAGUUUAACAACAUUAUCAAUUGAAGGACCACAACAAUGUUUAACUUCAAUUACUGAUGGUUUUGUAAAUGGUAUAAUUUAUCAACAAUUAAUAGAUUAUGAUUCAGAAGAAAAUCAACAACAACAAGAAGAAGAAGAAGAAGAGGAAAAAGAAGAUGAAGAUGAUGGUAUUGAAAUGAAAACCAAUAAAUUUAAAUCAUUAUUAAAAUUAUUAAGUAUUGAAAUUAAAGAAAAUAAUAUAAAUGAUAAAAUAAAUUGUAUUGUAUUUGUUGAAACCAGAGAUACUGGUAAAAAAUUAUUAAAUCUAUUAAUUAGUGAGAAGGAAAUCUCAAAAUUAAAUCCAAAAUUAAUCUAUGGUCAUAAUGGUAGAAAUGGUAUGAAACAUAGUGAACAACAACAAAUCAUUCAACAAUUUAAAGAAGGUGUUUGUCAAGUAUUGGUAUCAACAAAUGUAUUAGAGGAAGGUAUAGAUAUUAAAGAAUGUAAUUCUGUAAUUUGUUUUGAUAAUCUUUAUAGUUUAAAAUCAUUAAUUCAACGUCGUGGUAGAGAUAGAACUUGUUCAUCAUUUACAUUAAUUCUUGAACAAGAUCAACGUUUAAGAUUAGAGGAUUUAAUUAAAAGUGAAAUCAUUAUAAAUAGAUCAUUAAUUGAUAUAAUGACUGAUAGAAUGAGACAAAAAGAAUUAUCUACUUCAUCAUCUUCAACAUCUUCAUCUUCAUCAUCAUCGUCAAAUAAUUCAAUUUCAAUGGUUUCUUCUUUAUCAUCUUCAUCAUUAUCACCUUCUUUAUCAACAUCAUCAAGUGGAGUUGUAACAGAUGAAGAAAAUAGUAUUUAUGAUUAUCAAACUUUUUUCUUACCAAUUUUCCAUAUUAAAGAGAAUGAAUAUGAAUCAUUCAAAGAGUAUUGUUUUAAAUAUAAUAUAAAAUGUUCAAAAGAAGCUGCUGAUAUAGAUGAUGAUAGUGAUGAUGAUGAUGAAAAUGAUAGUGACAGUGAUAGUGAUAGUGACGGUGACAGUGACAGUGAUAAUAAUAGUAACAGUGAUAAUAAUAGUGAUCGUGAUGAAGCAAUUAAAUUAAAGAAUGGACCAUUAGUAAUUUGUUCAAUUGAAAAGAAAGGUAAUGAAUUUCAUGAACCUUAUUUAUCUAAAUUCUUAUUGUUAAAUAUUAAAGUUGAUUCAACAGAAAAAGAUACACUUAUCAACAAGUUUACAAUUUAUUUAUCAAAGAGAUUUGGAUAUUGGAUAAAUUAUAGUCAUUAUAUUGAUGCAAUAGAAUUAGAUAAUGAACAAGAGAUUAACAAUACCUUUGAAUUGGUUAAAGAGACCUCUAGACCAUCAGAGGCAAAAACUAAAUUUGAAUUUGGUAAUAUUUUAAAUUCACCACCAUUACAAUUCAAUAAAGUCGAUCAUUUCAAUUCUAAUAUCGAAUCAAUUAUCAUUAGAAAAGAUCAUAUAGUAUUUAAGAGUGUUCAAAAUAGUAGUGGUAAUAUUUAUUAUCUUCAUCAUAUGUCAUGUCGUGAUGUUGAACAAUAUUGUCUAUACACUCCCCCAACUUUAAUUAGAACGGGUAGUUCAAAGUUAACAAACUCUUAUGACUUUUAUUUCUUGGUUAUUAGACCUAUAACAUUGGUUAGAGUAAAAUAUGAUUGUAAAUCAAAGAGAACCUUUACAGAUGAAAUAGAAAUUGAAAAUAAAAAUUUUGGUAGAUCUUUUGUUUAUAAAUUCACAAUUAAUUUAAAUUUUGAAAAAGUUAAUAGAUUACUAUCACAAUUAAAAUAUAUUGGUUUUGAUUUAUAUUUAUUUAGAAAUGUUAAUAAUAAUGAAAAUAAUAAUAAUAAUAAUAAUAACAAUACUAAUAAAAAUAUUAAUAGUAAUAAUAUUAUUAUUAAUAAUAAUAAUAAUAAUAAUGGUAAUAAUAUAAAUAAUAUUAAUAAUGGUAAUGAAUUAAAUUUUCAAAAUAUUAAUAAUGAAGAAAUUUAUUACUUAAUUAAUUCAUUAAAUUCAGAAAGAUCCUUUGGUAGAAUUAUAAAUCAAGAUUUUGUAAAUCAAAUUAUUGAUUUAUUAAAAUCAAAUAGAAUUGAAGAAGCAAGAUAUAUUAUUGGUGUUGCAUCAACAAAGAAAACAAAAUUCUUUGAUUAUUCAAAAUUAUUUAAAAAAGUAAUUUCUUUAAAUGGUAAUUUUAAUAAUAUUGAUAGUGGUGAUAUUAAUGAUAAUAAUAAUGGAAAUUAUAAUAUUAUUGAAGAAUUAUAUAAAGAUAAACCAAUACAAUCAAAUAAUGGUUGGGUAUUAAUUAAUGAAAUAUUUGUAACACCAUCAAGAAUUGUAUUAAAACCACCAAGAUUAACAUUGGGUAAUAGAAUUUUACGUAAAUUUUCACCAGAGAAAUUCAUUUUAUUCAAUUUUACAGAUGAAAAUUUAGAACCAUUUAGAGGUUUAAAUAAAAGUUCACCAUUAACAAAAACAAUUGAAAGAAUCUUUAAUAAUGGUAUUGAAAUCAUUCAAGGAUCUGGUAAGAAAUACUUUUUCAUUGGUUGUUCUCAAUCUCAAGUUAGAAAUUAUUCAGCAUGGUUUGUAUUGGAAGAUAAAGUUACCAAUGAAAAAUCGGCAUUAAAUUGGAGUGGUAUAAAAUAUGAAUCACUUCAAAUGAUAAAAGUAUUUAGAAAUCUUUGUUUAUUAUUUUCCACCACUUUAAAAUCUCAAGUUAUCUAUAAAAUUGAAAUGAUACCUGAUAUUAUCUCAAAGGAAGGUCAUAAUUUUACAGAAGGUUGUGGUUUCAUUGGUUCUAAAUUAGUGGAAUUAAUUAAUCAACAAAAUAAUUACAACUCAAGUACUUGUGCCUAUCAAAUUAGACUUGGUGGUUCAAAAGGUGUUUUAGUAUUAAAUGAAAAUAUAGAUGAAAUGUCACUUCAAAUUAGACCAAGUAUGAGUAAAUUCGAAUUGGAUUACAAAAGUGGUCAAUUAGAUGAAGAACAUAAAACAUUGGAAAUCGUAUCGGCAUCAACUACAAGUAGAUGUAAACUCAAUAGACAAGCCAUUACAUUAUUAUCGAAUGCAGGUGUUGAAGAUUCAACUUUUCUUCAAAUGUUAGAGGUGGAGUUAAAUCAAAACGCUCAAACAUUGGUUGAUGUUAAUCUUUCAAAAGAACUUUUAGGUGAUUUCUUUCAACAUAUUACAGAAUAUGAACUAUUCAAUGAUUACUAUAUUAGAAGUAUUCUUUUAAAACUUUAUAAAUCAAAGUUAAUUAAAAUUCAAGAUAAAUGUUGGAUCGAAGUAAAAGAGAGUAGAAAUCUAUUGGGUGUUUGUGAUACAUCUGGUACUUUACCAGAAGAUACUGUCUAUAUUGAAGUUGAAGAAUUAGAUCCAAUCGAUAAUUUAAUGAAACCAAAGGUUAUAAUUGGUAGAGUCGCAGUUUUAAAGAAUCCAUGUCAUCAUCCUGGUGAUGUUAGAUUCUUGAAAGCAAUUGAUCAUCCACCACUCAAUGGUAAAAGAAAUGUAUUAUUCUUUUCAACAAAUGGUAUGGUACCAAAUUUCAAACAAUGUUCAGGAUCAGAUUUAGAUGGUGAUAGAUAUUUCGUAAUUUAUGAUCAAACUUUAAUUAGAGAAGAUUUAAUAACUCAUGAACCUUAUUUAGGUGAAGAACAAACUGUAAAUCCACUCAUUGGUGAAGAAGAUAGUGAUGAUGAUCAAUAUGAAAAUGAUGAUAAUGAUAUUACCAUUCCAACUUCAACAACUACAAAAUCAACCAAUAACACUCCCACUAAACUAUCGGAUAUUUAUUUAAAAAAUGUUGAUAAAUCAAAAUUAGGUACAAUUUCAAAUACACAUUUAGCCAUCUCUGAUAUUGAAAAAGUUUCAAGUAUAAACUCAAUAAAAGUUGCAAUUCAAUGUGCAAUCGAAGUUGACUCUGUAAAAACCUCUGUUCAUGGUAUAAUUCCACGUGAUGUAAAAUCAAUACUCAAAGAGAAAGGUUAUCCUCACUUUAUGAAAAUUAAAAAUGGUUCCACUUUUGAAUAUAAAGGUGGCAAUCAAAGAAAAUAUUAUAUCAGUGAUCGUGUUAUUGGUAAAAUCUAUGAUUCUGCAGAGAAUUUAUUAUGGUUUGGUGACUUCUUACCAGAGGCAAAAGUCGAUGAAUCUUUAUUGGUCCAAGGAUACAAAGAGUAUCUAAACCAUGAAAACUUUACAACCUAUAUGGAUUAUAAAUCUAAAAUCAAUUCAAUACUUAGAAGAUUUGGUGCUCAAAGUGAAGAAGAUCUUUUAAUUGGUUUUAUGGAUCCACAAUUUAGUGAAAAAUUAUCAAUUGAAGCUAAAGCUCAUUUCAAAUCAAACUAUAAUUCAAUUCAAAAACUUUUCUAUCAUAAUUUCUUAAAUGAAUUUAGAAAGAAAUCAAAUAAUAAUAAUAAUAAUAAUAAUAAUUUAUCAAUGUUACAAAUUGAAGAAGAGGAAGAAUUAAUCAAUGAAAACUAUACAGAAAUUGAAAAGAAAGUUUGUGCUUGGUAUUUCAUCUCUUAUUCAGAUCCUGAAAAUGAUAAAACUUUAGGUUUCUAUAGAUCAGUUAAAGGUUUAUUAAAAACUACUGAAAUUAAUAAUUUUGAAACUCAAAAACAUAAUGAUAAAAAACCUUUAAAUUUAAGUAUUCUAUCUUUUGCUAAAGAAAUGAAAGAUACAUUACUUUUUGGUUAUCAAGAAAAACUUUUAAUAUUUGAUGAAAUUAAAGAAAUCUUAAAUGAUCAUUUAUUGGAAAAUCAACUAAAUGAUCAUUUCAUUUUUAAUUUAUUAUUUUCUGGUCAACAACAAAAUAAUAAUCAUCAACAAGAAGAACAACAACAACAACAACAACAACAACAACAACAACAGCAACAACAAGAAGAAGAAGAUGUAGAACAAUCUAAUAUACCAAGUUUUUAUUUAUAUCUACAACCUUUAGAGAAUGAAAUAGAAAAUGAAAAACUUUUAUUGGUAUUAAAAGAAAAGUUGGAAUCAUCAUUCUCAAAUAAUCUCUUUGAAAUUAUUAAAAUUACAUCAACUAUAUUAGAAUUUGAAUUCAAAAAAAUUAAGUUUAUCAUUGAUUUCAAUUCAAAUAGUUGGUAUCAAUCAAAAGUAAUUUCUUUAUAUAUAACUAAACAUCCAUCUUUAGUACCAACUUUAUUAGUUAUAAUUGAACAUAUUAAAAAUAUAUCAUUACUAUUAAAUUCAAAUAAAAAUACAACAACAACAACAACAACAACAACAACUUCAACUACUACAACAACAACAACAAUAAGUUAUAAUAAUAAUAAUAAUAUUAAAGAAAAAAUUGAAAAUUUUUCAAUUUCACCAAUUGGUUUAGUUAUUUUAUUUAUUAGAUAUGCAAUUGAAAAUGGUUUAAUUAAGGAAUUUGAAGAAAGUGAUAUCGAAUUUGAAUUAUCAAAUAAUAAUAAUAAUAUUUAUAGCUAUGAAGAUUUAAAAGAUUUAUUAAAAAUAGAAUGUGAAGUUGGUCAAAGUGAUAAUCUUCUUGGUUUCUAUAGAUAUUACUCUGAGAUUUUCCUUUUGGGUGUUUAUAGUAAAAAAGAAUCAUUCAAAUUGAAAUCUUUUGGAAAAUCAAGCAUUGGUGUCGAUAAUGAAGUAACCAUUACAAAUGAUCCUCAGCAACUUUCAUUAUUAAGCUCUCAAUUUAAAUUUGCAUACAAUGGAAUUUGUGCAACAGUAAAUGUUCAUAAAUUCUUGGAUAGUUGUUUAAUCAUAUCAAAGAGAUCCAUUUUAAUACAAAUUGGUGUCGAUCAAAUUGAUAAUCUUAUAAAGAAUCAAUUGGCCAUAAGAGAAUCAAUCGAACUUUUAAAUGUUUCCAUUCAAUUCAUUUAUAAUUCACCAAAAUCUUGCACCAUUGACAUAAAUGGUUUACCAAAUCGAUUAACAAAAGCUCGUGAUAAAAUUAGAGAGUUUCUCAAAUAA